ACGGGCCCAUAUCUAUUCAGUCUUCACUUCUUGUCGCACUCAAGAGUCAAGAUGAAGUACUCGCUGAUUGCAUCGCUCAUCCUGCAGAGCACACUCGUGCUCGCUGAGCUUCUUCCUGUACACUUCACUGCACCCAGCGCCGCACAUUUCCAGGCCCUCGUCGCAAACGACACAUUCGACUUUGGCUGCCGUGCCGUCGCACACCCGCUCGAGGAUGGCCGCUUCAAGCUGCGCGCCUUCUUGACCGAGGAGCAGAUCUCCCAUGUGCAGAGCGAGUAUGACCAACUCUCUGACAUCAAACUGGUCCGCGAGACGCCCUUCAGCAAGCGUGCUGCCACCGCACCGAUUGGCACGGGCGAUCGCUUCAGUGGCGGGACAAUUGCCCCGAGUGGGCUGGGCACAAAGGCAGCAGGCAGCACGAUUGCGAGCAUCAUGAACGUAAACGAGAUUGGCAGCGCGCUCAAGGGCCUCAACAGCGUGUACGGCGUCAACCUAAUCACCCUUCCCUAUAAGACCUUCAACGGCGCAACCCAGACGGCCGGCUACGUGGGCGCCGGCACCGACAAGAGCAAUUACCACCUGUACUUCAGCGCCGGCGUGCACGCCCGCGAGCGCGGCGGACCGGACAAUAUCAUCUACUGGAUCUCGGACCUGCUCGCCGCGCAAAAGGCCGGGUCCGGCCUGACAUACGGCAAGAAGACCUACACCAACGCCCAAGUCACCACCAUCCUCAACGCCGGCAUCGUCUUCUUCCCGCUCGUCAACCCGGACGGCGUCACAUACGACCAAUCCACCGGCUCCAACUGGCGCAAGAACCGCAACACAAAGUCCGGCUCCAGCGGCGCCGCCGUCGGCGUCGACAUCAACCGCAACUUCGACUUCCUGUGGAACUUUCCCAAGUACUUUGACUCGUCCACCGCGCCGGCCUCGACCUCGCCCAGCUCCGAAACCUUCUACGGCACCGCCGCCGCCUCGGAGCCCGAGACGAAGAACCACGUCUCCAUCUACGACUCCUUCCCCAAGAUCCGCUGGUUCAUGGACAUCCACUCCGCCGUCGGCGACGUGCUCUACAGCUGGGGCGACGACGACGACCAAUCCACCACCUCCACCAUGAACUUCCUCAACUCCGCCUACGACGGCAAGCGCGGCCCCACCGGCGACUCCACAUACAAGGAAUACAUCCCCGCCACCGAUCUGACCAAUAUCCGCUCCGUCGCUACCGCAAUGGUGAACUCCAUGAAGGCCGUUGGGGGCCGCUCGUAUUCGGCGCAGCAGGCGGUCGGUCUGUAUGCGACUUCGGGCGCGAGUGAUGAUUACUCGUUCAGUAGGUAUUGGGCUAAGAGUGGGGUUAAUAAGGUGUAUGGGUAUACGUUGGAGUUUGCGCCUUCGGGCAACUUCUAUCCCACCGCUGCGGAGUUUAAUACUAAUAUCUUGGAUACGAAUGCUGGGUUUAUGGAUUGGGCGCUGCAGGCUAUUGCGAUUGGUGUGGAGUAAGGGGGUGCGUGUGGUUGGGUGUGUGGUCUGUUGAUGAUGAUGAUGAUAGAGUUGUUGUUGCACGAGCGUGGCGUUCAGGGGACGGGGAACGUGGGUGGUGGUGCUGAAGAGUGCGGCGAUGGUCGCUAUUUCUAUUACGUUCUGUGUUGUUCUAGGGCUGUUUGAGGAGUGUUUCUUGAGCAUCUCAUAUUGCAUUGGCGGC